UCUAGUGGACAGGAGGACGCCUCUUCAACCAUAACAAGUAUCGUCAGCCAGCUUCGUAGCCAUUAUAGGCUAAAAACAUUACAUCUCUUUAGUCUGUUUUUGGUAUAUAUUAUUCAGUAUGUUUUAAACAUACUUCUGUCGUAUCUAUUUACGUUGUUUGUUGGGUAGCUGGCUUGCUAAGUUAGCAGUAGCACUAAUGCUAACUAUCUAGCUAGUUAACAUCCCCGACCAUGAACUCACUAAACUACUACCCCCGUGUUAAAGAAGAGGAGGUCUGCUGGACGGAGAAAGAAGCUCUGGUGAAAGAGGAGAAGGAAGAGGAGGCUGUCACAGUUAAAAAAGAAGUUGAGGGUGAGGCUGUUACAGUGAAAGAGGAAGUUAUAGUGACAGAAGAGCAAGAAGUUACAGUGGAAGAGUUUACAGUGAAAGAAGAGGAAGAAGCUUUCAGCGUGAAAGAGGAGGAUGCUGUUUUUGGAGUGGAGGAGGAGGAGGGGGAGAUUACUGUGACGUUGAAAGAGGAGGAGGAGGAUCUGAUUAAUACUAGAGAGAGACCAGACUCUCGCUCUGACAGCAGCAAGAGUUCCUCAGAGGAACCGGACACAGAGACGCCCAAACGAGCGAGACGACGCCACUGCUUCAACUGUGGAAAGAGUUUUACUAAGUUACAGAACCUAAAAAAGCAUGAGAGGACACACACAGGAGAAGAGCCUUUCAAAUGUUCCCAAUGUGGAAAGAUUUUUAUUCAGUUAGCGAGCCUGAAAAGACAUAAGAAAAUACACACAGGAGAGAAGCCUUAUCACUGCUCCCAGUGUGGAAAGAGUUUUAGGCUGUUAGGUAGCCUUAAGGAGCAUGAGAGAAUACACACGGGAGAGAAGCCUUUCCAAUGCUCUCAGUGUGAAAAGCGUUUUACCCAGUUAGGGAGCCUAAAAGAUCAUGAGAGAAUACACACAGGGGAAAAACCUUUCCAAUGCUCUCAGUGUGGAAAGUGUUUUACCCAGUUAGGGAACCUAAAAGAUCAUGAGAAAAUACACACAGGACAGAAGCCUUUCCACUGCUUCCAGUGUGGAAAGAGUUUUACCUACUUAGCACAUCUGAAAAACCAUGAGAAAGCACACACAGGAGAGAAGCCUCACCUCUGCUCUCAGUGUGGAAAGAGUUUUACCCAGUUAGGGGACCUGAAUAGGCACGAGAGAACACACACAGGAGAAAAGCCUUUCAAAUGUUCCCAGUGUGGAAAGAAUUUCACCCGGUUAGGGAACCUAAAAGAGCAUGAGAGGAAACACACACAGGAAAAGCCCUACCCAUGCUCCCUGUGUGGAAAGAGUUUUACCCAAGUAGGGUAUCUGAAAAAACAUGAGACAACACACACAGGAGAGAAGCCUCACCUCUGCUCCCAGUGUGGAAAAAGUUUUACCCAGUUAGGGGACCUGAAUAGGCAUGCGAGGACACACACAGGAGAGAAGCCUUUCAAAUGUUCCCAGUGUGGAAAUAAUUUUACCCGGUUAGAGAAUCUAAAAGAGCAUGAGCGGACACACACACUAGAAAAGCCUUUCCAAUGUUCCCAGUGUGGAAAGAGUUUUACCCGGUCAGGGAACCUAAAAGAGCAUGAGAGGACACACACCCGGGAAAAGCCCUACCAAUGCUCCCUGUGUGGAAAACGUUUUACCCACUUUGGGUAUCUGAAAAAACAUGGGAGAACACACACCCAGGAGAGAAGCCUCACCUCUGCUUCCUGACUGGAAAGAGUUUAACUAAGUUAGGGGUCCUGAAUAGGCAUGACAGGACACACAGGAGAGAAGCCUCACCUCUGCUUCCUGACUGGAAAGAGUUUAACUAAGUUGGGGGUCCUGAAUAGGCAUGACAGGACACACCCAGGAGAGAAGCCUCACCUCUGCUUCCUGACUGGAAAGAGUUUAACUAAGUUAGGGGUCCUGAA